UGGGAGGAGCGUGUACUUUCCAGGGCUCUCAACCUGUGAAUAGAUAUCUACAAUGCCAUGAAUUGGUAUUGUAAAAAUAUCUAAACCAUGCAAAGAACUCGUUGGUGGUUGUAAUUAUUGACUUUAGGAUCAGAUUACCACGACUCUAUUCAAACCUCUCUGCUUUUACAUCAUUAGACUAUGUGACAACUACAGCACCUUCUCAACCCUAUGGUCAGCAGCACCUGAAUGAACCUCUUCUGGACCACAGAGCGGGUCAGCGCUUCCUGACCGAGGCUUUUAAAGUCAUCCUUGAGGAGGUGCUAUGUAAGGGCAUAGACGUCAACGAGAAGGUCUCACAUCCCUAAAUCAAACUGUUGACUGUCUCUAGCCUAACGUGACUGUUCUCUGCACUGUGUCAUAUUGUUAGAUGUUGUGCUGCACAGGCCUUUUGGUGUGUGAGUGGCGCGAGCCAGAGGAGUUGGCUACUCUGCUAGAUCUGGAGCUGAGAGAGAAUGGGGAGCAACAGCACCAGCUGCUGCAGAGAGUACGGGACGUGGCCAAGUACAGCGUCAAGACCAAUCAUCCGCGGUUCUUCAAUCAGCUCUUUGCAGGGGUGGACUACCAUGCCUUGACAGGACGAUUCCUUACGGAGGCUCUUAACACUAGCCAGUAUACCUAUGAAGUAGCGCCAGUGUUCGUCCUGAUGGAAGACGAGGUACUCUCCAAGCUACGUUCUCUAGUUGGGUGGGCACAGGGAGAUGGCAUCUUCUGCCCAGGCGGUACUGUGUCUAACAUGUAUGCCAUGAACCUAGCACGCUAUCGGGCCUUCCCAGAAGUUAAACUUAAGGGACAGUGGGCCCUCCCUCGACUGGCUGUCUUUACAUCUCAAGAGAGCCAUUACUCUGUGAUGAAAGCAGCUGCCUUUCAGGGUAUUGGGACAGAGAACGUGUUUAAGGUCAAAGUGGAUGAUAGGGGUUGCAUGAUUACAGAUGACCUUAGUGAGAAAAUUGAGCUGGCAAAAUCUCAAGGGGCAGUACCAUUCCUUGUCCACGCCACGUCAGGAACGACGGUACAAGGUGCCUUUGACCCCCUGGAGCCCAUCGCUGACAUCUGUGACAGACAGGGGUUAUGGAUGCAUGUUGAUGCAGCCUGGGGAGGGAGUGUUCUCUUCUCAAAGGAACACCGACAUCUCAUGAGAGGAGUUGAGAGAGCCGAUUCAGUAACUUGGAAUCCACACAAGAUGAUGCUGACUGGCUUGCAGUGUUCAGCCAUUCUGCUCAAGGACACCACGGACCUGUUGAAACGUUGCCACAGUGCAGAUGCAACAUACCUCUUCCAGCAGGACAAGUUCUAUGACAUGAGUCUGGACACAGGGGACAAGUCGAUACAGUGCGGCCGUAAGGUUGACUGCCUGAAGCUGUGGUUGAUGUGGAAAGCUGUGGGGUCACAAGGCUUGGAAGAGCGUGUGGACAGGGCUUUCGCCCAUACAAGAUAUCUGGUGGAGAAGAUGAAGAAAAGAGAGGGCUUUCAACUUAUAGGGAAGCAGCCUGAGUUUGUGAACGUGUGUUUCUGGUUCAUACCAGCCAGUCUGAGGGGAAAGGAGAACAGUCCAGACUACCAGGACAGAUUGUCAAAGGUGGCUCCGGUGAUAAAGGAGCGUAUGAUUAAGCAGGGUACUAUGAUGGUGGGCUACCAGCCUCAGGGUGGACGAGUCAACUUCUUCCGCAUGAUAGUCAUCUCUCCGCAGCUCUCCUACAAAGAUAUGACCUUCUUUCUGGAUGAGAUUGAGAGGCUAGGGAAUAAUCUGUGAUAGUCAUUUUGUUUAUAGUCUUGCAACUCCAUUUAUGUCACUGACUCCCAGAAUCUGUUUUGUGUUUUCCAACAAUAAUAUUACUUGUGUUUUUACAGUUUUGGGGAAGAUACUUUGAAAAUAUAGUUUACCAAGCUACUAAUUACUUCAAUGGAAGAAGUUAAGAUACCCUUAAGAAAAACAAUUUACUUAACUAAAGUUACAUUGAAAAAGUAGCUCACUACUACCAAACUACUUUGUGAUAAAGUACACUACCAGUCAAACUACUCAUUCAAGGGUUUUAAUACAUUGGUGUUUUGUGGGUACUAUUUAAUGAAGCUGACAGUUGAGGACUUGUGAGGCGUCUGUUUCUCAAACUAGACAUUCUAAUGUACUUGUCCUCUUGCUCAGUUGUGCACCGGGGCCUCCCACUCCUCUUUCUAUUCUGGUUAGAGCCAGUUUGCGCUGUUCUGUGAAGGGAGUAGUAUUUAACAAUUUUUUGGUUACUACAUGAUUCCAUAUGUGUUAUUUCAUAGUUUUGAUGUCGUCACUAUUACUCUACAAUGUAGAAAAUAGUAAAAAUACAGAAAAACCCUUGAAUGAGUAGGUGUGUCCAAUCUUUUGACCGGUACUAUCUAUAUAUAUAUAUAUAUUGCAUGGCCUUUAUGUCUUAUUUGGUUGUAGAACAUGAUGUAGGAGAUCCUUCUGAAAAAUACCCAUGACAGAGGCCAAGGGAACCCUGAUCAGUGCCAUGAUGCAUUGAGACAGACAGAGGAGCCCAUGGGCUGUGGGCUGCAGUGGAACUGUGUCAACAUCCUGGACACCGUUGCAUGGAAGAAGUCGCCCCUGCAUAAACAGUGAACUUGAGUGACCCAACGUGCCUGGAUUAAAGAUGGCCUUGUCUGAGAAGGGUGGAUGCUUA